CUGUGUUUCUCUCUCAACAGAAAAUCAAUUAAAAAUUAAAGAAGAAAGAGAGGUGGUGGAGGAACAGUCAAAAGAAUUGGAGAACCUUCCUCUUCCUUUGGUCAAAGAAGAUGAAAAUAUGUUGAAAGUUGAGAAGGUGGAAGAAAAAGAAAUUAUAAAAUUGCCAGUAAUAGUAAAAUUAGAGAAACUGUCAGAAUACAAUGAGGAAAAGCAAACAGUCAAAGAAGAAAGUGAUUCAUUUAAAGAAAAUGUCAAACCUGUUAAAGUAGAGGUGAAAGAAAACAAAGUAGAACCAAAAGACUUAAAAGAAGUAAAAAUUUGUACUGACAAAAUAGUAGUUCAUGAGCCAGAGAGACUAGACUUUUGUGUUAAUGUCAGAACUCCCCAAGAAAUUGUGGAGAAAUCUGCGGAAGAAAGUGAAAAACUUAAAAAUGAUCAACAGGCAAAAAUACCACUUAAAAAGCGAGAGAUCAAGCUGACGGAUGACUAUGACAGUCCAAUAAAGGGGUCCUUGUGUAAAUGUGUAACUCCAACGAAGGAUGUCUUGAAGGAAGAAGGGAAACCAGAAGAAGAGACUUUUAAGAGGGUCCCUACAAUUACUGCUUUGUGUCCUGAUGGGAAAGUGCUAGUAAAUGGAGAGGUCAGCAGUGAAAGAAUAACCCCAAGUGUCAUACAAAAUAAUAGGUCGGAACACUCUCCUACCACAAAGGAAGACAGCAGUUCGUUAAAGGAGAAAAAUGGUAGAAGUGGGGAGAAGGUAUCAGACUCCUUAAACUCUGUUAGUACAAUUAUGAAAGUGUGCGAUGUUGAGAAAAAUGCAGUAACUGUGGUCAAAGAGGUGGGGUCUGUGGUCUCUGAUAUUCAGAAAGUGCCUUUAAAAGAGGAAUCUAGUCCUGUGGAUAAAGAGUCCCUCGACAGCAUAACUACUGAAAUGGUAGUGGAAGAGUCUUCAAACUCUGAAGACUGUGCCAAAAAAACUGAAGAGAAACUAGCCGUGAAAAUCAGAAAGGACAGGCGAUCGCCGCCUAAUGAAUGUUUAGAAAAGCCAGAAAAUUCCACAAAUGCAUCUGCUCCUAAGGAACUGCCCAAGUUUGCACUAGCUGAUGAAGAGAGUUUGAAAAUUAAAGGUGAGUCUGAGGCGAAACCUGCUUCUCCCAAAGCUCCUGAGACGCCCCCUUCAUCGUUUUCUGCUGAGGUGCCCCCUUCGUCUACUUCUCCUGUUCCAUCAAAGAAGUGCAUUUUAGAAAAGGAGAGCUCUGAUACUAAAAGUAUAGUCCGUGAGGAAAGCAAAGUAGAAGAAAAAGCAGACCCUGAGAAACAAGAGGAAGAGCCAGAGGCUGUCAAGACAGAACCAGAGAGUUUAAAUGAUGCCCAUGCUUCUAAUCUAGAGGAUUCCUCAGAGAGCAAAAAGGGAUCUCCAGCACCUAAAAGCAAAUUUAAAUAUAAGCUAGUUUCUGAAGAAGAAAGUUGUGCAGCAGAUAAUAAGGAAAUAACUUCCGAAAGACAGAAAGAAGGAAUUAAGUUAACAAUCAGGAUCUCCAGUAGGAAGAGAAAGGCAGAACCACCACCAGAAGAGCUCGGCGUUGGCCGCACAUUAAGGCGAUCUCCAAGAAUAUCAAAACCUACUCCAAAAAUCGUGGAGACUCGGGAUCAGAAAUCAGACAAAAAACGAGCUGAAGAGGAGGAGGAGAAACCUGCAGCAGCCCAAAAACCGGAACGGAAAGAUGAUGCAAAAAAGCAGGAGAAGGAGUCAAAUUCUAAAGUUAAGAGGAGCAAAGUUCGGUGGACGGGCACUCGGACCCGCGGCAGGUGGAAAUACUCGAGCAACGAAGAAAGCGAGGAGUCGGAGAGCGAAAAAAACUCAGACGAGGAAGAGGAGGAGGAAGAGGAGGAGGAGGAAGAAGCUGCGCCUGCUGAUGACGACGAGCCGUGCAAGAAGUGUGGUCUUCCCAACCACCCCGAGCUGAUUUUGUUGUGCGACUCGUGCGACAGUGGAUACCACACAGCCUGCCUGCGCCCUCCGCUGAUGAUAAUCCCUGAUGGAGAAUGGUUCUGCCCACCUUGCCAGCACAAAUUGCUGUGUGAGAAGUUAGAAGAGCAAUUACAAGAUCUGGAUGUUGUCUUAAAAAAGAAGGAGCGUGCGGAGCGCAGAAAAGAACGGCUGGUUUAUGUGGGCAUCAGUAUAGAGAACAUCAUUCCACCUCAGGAGCCAGAAAUACCAGAAGGUCAGGAAGAAAAGAAGAAAGAUUCCAAAAAGCCAAAAUCAAAGCUGCUCGAAAGGAGGUCUACUAGGACCCGGAAGUGCAUAAGUUAUAG